AUGGAUACCAAGGUCAUAGAAAAGAAAGAUGACCCCGGAGCAUUCACUAUUCCUUGCAUAAUUGGGAUGCAUGAAUUUGCAAAAGCUCUAUGGGACCUUGGAGAAAGCAUCAACUUAAUGCCUUUUGUCAUAUACAAGAAACUUGGUUUGGAUACCCCAAUGCCAACCUAUAUGCGACUCUUGAUGGAGGACCGGUCUAUAAAAAGGUUGGUGGGUAUAUUGUUUGACGUCCUUGUAAAAGUGGAAAAGUUCAUUCUCCCAUCGAAUUUCAUGGUAUUGGAUUGUGAAAUAGACCAAGAGGUGCCUAUCAUUCUUGGUCAUCCUUUCUUAGCUACCUGGAGAGCCAUUGUCGAACUAGAGUUAGGUAAGAUGAAAUUUAGAGUGCAAAAGGAUGAGGUCUCUUUCAAAAUUUGCAAGUCAAAGAAGCAAACCGCGGAGUUGCAAGUAGUAUCCAUUAUGGAUGUUAAAAAUGACUAG